AUGAUGCGUCUCUUUUCAGUCGUAUUGCUGGUUGUUGCCGCAUUUCUAGCGUGCGCCGCAGAGGAUACAACCUCGAUGAGGUUCACCCGCGGUUAUCUUGAUGAGAAAGACAGUGCUCCGGUUCAAAGGCUCUUGAGGGCCUACGACAACGGGAAUGACGAAGAGAGAGCUCCUAUUGGUAACGCCUUGAAUUCUAUUGUGACCAGUACAUCGAAGGCUGUCGACUCCGCUAAGCUGAAAGUGUUUUUGCUUAAGAAAAGUAGUGGAGUCGACGUUUUGAACAGCUUAAAGUUCGGGGACGAUGCGGCAGCUGCUUUGAAAAAUUCUAAAAUGAAGACUUUGAAUACGUACGUCACGAAGUUUAACAAGAAGAAUCCGGACAAGGCAAUCUCACUGGUCGGGACCCUCACGACCCGCUACGGAGACGAUGCUUUGGCGAGAGCGUUAGUAAAGGUUCAAACGCAGGGACAGUCUUCAGCUGAGGUGGUGACGCUGGCAAAGAAGCUGCGAGCUGAACAACUGAGUGCUUGGGUGGACGGUGGUAAAUCCGUCGAUACAGUUUUCUCUUUGCUCAAGCUUCGUGAAGACGGGCAUAUGGCGCUCACAAGUCGAAAGUUGGAAGUACUGGAUGAUUACAUUGUGAAGAUCAACAGCGAGAAAAACGGCCAGGAAACUUUGCUCAAGACCUUGACGAAGGGGUUUGGCGGUGAGAGCAAUUUGAGAAGAAUUCUUGACGGAGCACAAUACAACGCCUUUACACAUGCGAAGGCCGUCGAGCUAAAGAAGCUUAAACAAUGGCAAGGCGAAAAUCUGGAUCCAGCAAGUGUCAUGAAGCUGCUAAAUCUUGAUAACGAUGUGGGUAAGGCUUUGAAAAGCACAGAACUGAGAAGGCUUGAUGAGUAUAUCAUCAAUUUCAACCUCAAGAACGGAAACAAUCAGGCGACGCUGCUCGGGACGCUCACGAAGAAGUACGGUGACUCUGAUGUGGCAAAGGCGAUUGUGUCUGCAGUUAAGGAUGACAAUAUGCUCGCUAAACGUUUGCAGAACCAACAGCUUGAGGGCUGGUUGAAAAAGGACAUGUCCGUGGACCAAGUUUUCAACGUUCUAGAUUUUAAGAGCGCUGGUAUUGGAGCUGUUAUCAGCCGAAACGUGGACACUUUGGACAAGUACGUCAUGCUAUACAACAGAAAGACAUCAGCAGACGAAACCUUGGUAGCAUCUUGCGUUUUUAUUCUCUUCAGCUUAAGCUUAUCACUAAAUUUACCAUUUUUAUAG